CUACUGCCAACUCACCCCACCACAAAUUUCCCGCCAAUCCUUCCCGCCAAAAAGAUACUCCAUCCCUCCAUUGCCCUAAAGGCGAUACAUACUGCAUUUAGAUAGAGAAAGUGGUAGUUUACAUUGUUGAGAGCGAGAAAGCAGAGCAUAGAUAUGUCAGGGUGGGACGAAGGAGCGAUCUACUACAGCGACCAAGCGCAGUCGCUCGGCGGCGACAGCGGAGACCCCGGAAGCAACGCGGCUGCCGCCACCCGCCACUCGGCUCUGCAGAAAUUCAAGGAAUUCAUACGAAGCUUCGAGACCCAGAAGAAUGUGUUUUCGUACAGAGAGAGCCUCCUCCACAACCCUAAAUACCUGCUUGUCGACAUUGAAGACCUCGACGCCUUCGAUGCCGACCUCGUUGCAAAGCUCCGCAAUUCCCCCGCUGAUUACUUGCCUCUGUUUGAGAACGCAGCGGGUCAGGUUUUAGCGAAUUUGAAGACGAAAGUGCCCGGAAACGAAGGGCAAUUGGAGGAACGGGUGCCUGAGGAUGUUCAGAUUUUGCUGACCUCCAAAGAAGACCCAGCUUCAAUGCGCCGGCUUGGGGCACAAUGUAUAUCGAAACUUGUCAAGGUUGCCGGGAUCACUAUAGCUGCUUCAAGGGUCAAGGCAAAGGCGACUUAUGUGAUUGUGAUGUGUAAAAACUGUAAAAAUGUGCAGAGAGUACCUUGUCGGCCAGGCCUUGGUGGGGCAAUUGUCCCUCGCUCUUGUAACCAUAUUCCUCAGCCUGGAGAAGAACCUUGUCCCCUUGAUCCAUGGGUUGUGGUUCCUGACAAGAGCAAGUAUGUUGAUCAGCAAACCUUAAAAUUGCAAGAGAACCCAGAGGAUGUACCUACUGGAGAGCUUCCGAGAAAUAUACUUCUGUCUGUGGACCGCCAUCUUGUUCAGACAAUUGUGCCUGGCACAAGAUUAACCAUCAUGGGCAUUUAUAGCAUCUAUCAAGCUUCCAAUUCUUCCACUUCCCACAAAGGAGCAGUUGCUGUUAGGCAGCCUUACAUCAGAGUGGUAGGAAUAGAAGAAGCAAAUGAUGCCAACUCUCGAGGUCCCGCUUCUUUUACACAAGAAGAGAUAGAAGAAUUCAAAAAGUUUGCUGCAGAACCUGAUGUCUAUACAAGCAUAUGCUCAAAGAUUGCUCCCUCUAUAUUUGGUCAUGAGGACGUCAAGAAGGCCGUGGCUUGUCUUAUUUUUGGAGGAUCUAGAAAGAAUUUGCCUGAUGGUGUGAAGCUAAGAGGUGAUAUCAAUGUCUUACUUUUGGGGGAUCCAUCUACUGCUAAAUCACAGUUUCUCAAGUUUGUCGAGAAGACAGCUCCUAUAGCUGUGUAUACUUCAGGAAAAGGGUCAUCAGCUGCUGGUCUUACAGCUUCGGUGAUCAGGGAUAGCAGUUCUCGUGAGUUCUAUCUUGAAGGAGGAGCAAUGGUUUUGGCAGAUGGGGGUGUUGUCUGCAUUGAUGAGUUUGACAAAAUGAGAUCGGAGGAUAGGGUUGCUAUUCAUGAAGCCAUGGAGCAGCAAACCAUAUCCAUUGCCAAAGCAGGAAUAACAACUGUUCUUAAUUCUAGAACCUCUGUGCUUGCAGCUGCUAACCCUCCAUCUGGACGUUAUGAUGAUCUUAAGACUGCACAGGAUAACAUAGAUUUGCAGACAACGAUUCUUUCUAGAUUUGACUUGAUCUUCAUUGUUAAAGAUAUCAGGAUGUACAGUCAGGAUAAGAUUAUAGCAAGUCAUAUCAUAAAGGUUCAUGCAUCUGCUGGGGCAGCUCUGGGUGACAAUAGGGUAGUUUCUAAAGAAGAGAAUUGGCUGAAGAGAUACAUACAAUAUUGUCGUACAGAAUGUCACCCCCGUUUAUCAGAACCUGCAUCCAAGAAGCUGCAGGAUAAUUAUGUGAAAAUCAGACAGGACAUGAGACAGCAAGCAAAUGAAACCGGGGAGGCUGCUGCAAUACCAAUCACUGUAAGGCAGCUGGAAGCUAUUGUGAGAUUGAGUGAGGCCCUUGCAAAAAUGAAACUGUGCCAUGUUGCUACUGAGGAUAAUGUUAAGGAAGCAAUAAGACUAUUUACCGUGUCCACAAUGGAUGCAGCAAAGUCUGGAAUAAAUCAACAAGUCAAUCUUACUGCUGAGAUGGCAAACGAAAUUAAGCAAGCUGAAACCCAGAUAAGGAGAAGAGUAGGCAUUGGGAACCACAUAUCAGAGAGAAAGCUGAUUGAUGAGCUCACAAGAAUGGGGAUGAAUGAAUCUAUUGUGAGAAGAGCUCUUAUAAUUAUGCACCAGAGGGAUGAAGUUGAAUACAAGCGAGAAAGACGUCUUAUUUUACGUAAAGCAUAAAAGUAUUUGUAAUAUUUUUCUGACCUUUUUCAUAAACAGUGAGCUAUUACAGGACAAUUAUCUAUUGCUUGUGUAAUUUUAAUGAGAAAUGGGGCCUUAACUUAGCUGUGCACAAGUGUCGUCAACUUAUAUCAUGUGAAAUGACAGGAGCAACUUGGACUA